AUGACGUCCAACGGGUCGAUGAAGUUAGGGGAGCUGCCAGCAUUGGAGGAUGUUCCUCCUAGUGAUCGCAUGCGUUUGUUUCGUCAGAAACUCAAGCUCUGCUGUGCAUUGUAUGACUUUACGGACAUGCGCAAACAAGUGCGAGAGAAGGAGGCCAAACGGAACGCAUUGUUGCAGAUUGUCGAGUACAUUUCGGCUGGAAAAGUCGCGUGGGAUCCCUCAGUAGUAGCUGAUCUACUUGAGUGUGUGGGUGCCAACAUUUUUCGCCACUUGGGGCGCAGUUCUAACUCUGCGACGAUCAAUGCCAAUGGCAAUGUGGAAGCUGUACCAGAAGAUGACGAACCGAUGCUGGAGUUAUCAUGGCCACAUAUGCAGUUGGUGUAUGAGAUCUUACUACGUUUUGUGCUGUCGAAGGAGGUGGACUCUAGAACGGCCAAGGAAUAUUUUAGCAAAAAGUUCAUGAUUAAAUUACUGAAUCUAUUUGAUUCAGAAGAUCCGAGGGAGAGAGAUUACUUAAAGACGAUUCUGCAUCGCAUUUAUGGCAAGUCGAUGGCGUUGCGUUCGUUUAUUCGUCGCUCGAUCAAUGACAUGUUUUACACGUUCGUUUACGAGACGGAAUCCCUGCAGGGUGUGGGCGAGCUACUAGAGAUUUUAGGGAGUAUCAUUAACGGCUUCGCUUUACCGCUUAAGCCGGAGCACCAGAACUUCCUCGAACGUGCGCUGAUUCCGCUUCACACGGCAGGAAAUUUAGCAAUGUUUCACCAGCAACUGGCUUAUUGCACUACGCAGUUCGUGGAAAAGGACCCGCAGACCUCGGAGCCUAUUAUCAUGGGGCUGCUAAAGUUCUGGCCUGUGACUGCAAGUGCCAAAGAGAUUUUGUUCCUGAACGAGCUCGAGGAGAUUAUCGAGAUGAUUCAGAUGGAGCAGUUUGUGGCAGUGAUGCGGCCACUUUUUUUGCGAAUAUCGCAGGCCGUGUGCAGCAGUCACUUUCAGGUUUCUCAGCGCGCCUUAUAUUUAUGGAAUAAUGAGGCACUGGUGCGACUUGUAAGUGCGCGACGAACCGAGAUUUUACCGUUAAUCUUCGGGGCACUGUACCGUAAUUGCGAGAACCACUGGCACAAUACCGUGCAAACAUUGACGUAUAACGUACUCAAGCUCUUCAUGGAGAUGGAUUCGCAGCUUUUUGAUCAGUGCUCGGCACAGUUCGAAGAGCGUGAAGGAAGGGCGCAACAGACGACGGAACAACGCCAGCUCAAGUGGACAGCCUUAGAACACCGCUUGCAGGCGCAAGGACUGAUGUGA